AUGAUCGGCUCUGCUUGCGGAAGAAGGCUUUUUAGUUGCUCAAAUGUUGCGCUGAGGGUGAACAAGGCAUCCCUUAGAAAGAUCCCUGCUCCAAACGGAGAACUAACUGAUGCUGGAGCUUUCCUAAGCAAGAUUGGGCGCAAAUGCGAAGAGUUCAACGAAACAUUCGAGAACAAGUGGGAAAACCUGUUUCACUGGGACUCUAAAGUUCUCAAAGAGAAGGGUAUUCCACCACAGCAAAGAAAGUAUAUUUUGAGUCAGGUCGAAAGACUGCGGAAAAACGAGCCCAUCAGAGAGAUUAAAGAGGGAAAGAAGUCAUUCUUUGGUGGUGAGCGCAAGCGCAAGGAGACGAAAGCGAAGCUGCGCGCCCAAGAACGCAAUGCCUAG